UGCUUUGUUUUAGUGGUUGGUGGUUAUAACUUGGCCCAGACCCAUAGAUGACAGCUGACAGGAUCAUGGUACCAGAUGGGACUUUCACCUUGGAGUACGAGGAGGGCCAGGGUCUCUCCUCUGUCUCCUCCGCCAUGUCCAUUGACAACUUGUUCCCCGCUUUACUGGAGUGCUUUGGCAUCAUUCUGUGCGGGUACAUAGCUGGAAGAACUAACAUCAUCACUUCCACCCAGGCCAAAGGGUUGGGGAACUUUGUGUCCAAGUUUGCCCUUCCAGCAUUGUUGUUUAAAAAUAUGGUGCUGCUGGACUUUGCCAAUGUCAUCUGGCCUUUCUUAUGGAGCAUCCUCAUUGCCAAAGCCUCUGUGUUUGUAAUUGUAUGUUUUCUAACACUGGUGGUGGCCUGUCCAGAGAGUCGAUAUAGUAAAGCUGGUCUUUACUCUAUAUUUGCCACCCAAAGCAAUGAUUUCGCUUUAGGAUAUCCUAUAGUUGCAGCGCUCUACAAGAACACAUACCCAGAAUACCUCCAGUACAUUUACCUGGUCGCACCUGUCUCUCUAAUGAUCCUCAACCCUAUAGGAUUUGGGUUUUGUGAGAUCCAAAAGUGGAAAAGCCAGAUAAACCACCAGCAAAGCAAAUUAGUCAUAGUGGGACAUGUGAUUCUACAGGUCCUAAAGAAUCCUAUAGUGUUUAUGGUUAUUAUUGGUAUCACUGCACACUUUGUUCUGCAUCAAAGAAUCCCAGUGUUCAUGGCAGAGUUUGUGGAUGGCUUGGCUAACUCUUUUGGAGGAGCAGCUCUCUUCUAUCUGGGUCUGUCCAUGGUGGGCCAGCUAGGGAAGUUAACCAAGUCCACUGCUGUGACUCUAAUCCUGCUUAUCACUGCAAAACUGUUAUUAUUACCCCUCCUUUGUAAAGAUAUGGUGGAUCUGUUGGACAGUAGCAACACCAGCAGAUUAAACCAAUCCAGUCUCUCCAACUUUGCGUUUCUCUAUGGAGGCUUCCCAACUGCACCAAGUGUGGCCAUCUAUGCUGUUUACUACAAUGCAGAAGUUGAAGUUGUGACGUCUGGCAUGGUCAUUAGCACUUUCCUGUCAGCCCCUAUAAUGUAUGUCUCUGCCUGGCUGUUGACGAUCAGUUGGAUGGAUCCAGAUGUUUUGAGGAAGUCGUUACAGAAAGUCUGCUUCAACAUUAGUAUAUUGGGACUAGUUGUUUUGGUUUGGACGAUAAGUGUUAUGUUUCUCAGUAAGAAAGUCAAGAGACUACCUCAGAUGUUUGCAGCUCAUUUAUUCUUUGCACAGUUCAUGACAUGUUUUGGAAUGAUCCUGUGGAACUAUAUUGUUUACACAGAUAAUUUCAUUGGACAGAUCGUUACUUUCACAAUAUUGUGUAUCUCCCUCUACAGCACUUAUGUGUGGUCAGGUUUAAUAGCAUUGUCUCUUGUUCUACUGAAAAAGUAUGAGGAUGUGAAAGUGUCUUCAGGCAUGAUAGCUCUUGUGGGCUGGGGGGUCCCCAUCUUUGUAACAGGCAUUUUGCUCAUGUCUGGGAAAAUGGUGCCUGACACUAUAGAUUUUGCUUUCUUUUAUGGCAAGCCUCAGAUCAUCUGCUCCACAGUCAUGGCUGCUCUGAGCAUACUGCUGGCAGGGGGCUCUCUUGUGUGUCUCAGCAGAGGAACCUGGGCACAGAAGGAUGAAGGAAACUCUGACACCUUUGAAGACACUUUGGUCGAACCUGAAAGUCCAAGUCUUUCUGAGGCAAAUGGUCUUUCAGGUGAUAGUGACAGAGCUUGCCUCAUAUGUGAUUGCGCCCCACCUCAGCCCAUGCCUGAUAUGAUCACAAGCACUAAUAUGAACAACCAGCCUUCACUCAGAGAUCAGUGUGAGGAUAACUGUGAGGCGAGCGAGUGCCUGCUCAUUCAGCAGGAGGAGGAGCGGCUGCAGGCUGUAGACAGACAGGUGGCCCGUCAUGUUCUCUUGUGUCUGCUCCUCACUGUCUGCUUGUUUGCUAACUUGUCCAGCUGCCUGUGGCUGCUGUUGAAUUCUAUUCCAGGUAGACUCUAUUUAGAGCUGCAGUUCUUCUGUGCUGUGGCUAACUAUGGGCAGGGACUUCUCUCAUUUGCACUGUUUGGGUUGGACAAACAUUUUAUCAUUCUGCCUUUUAAAAGAAGGUUAUACGCCCUGUGGAACAGAAGACAGCGGGAGCAGCCCCAGACAGAUCUGGGUAUAAGGAUGACCUGCACUCAGUUCACCAAAUACCACAAAGAUCAGUGUAGUCAUGAUAUUGUCAGACAGAGAAGGUGUGGGAAGAGGACUAUAGUGGCCUGUUUUCUGGGCUGUGAGUUGGUGGACUGGCUGUUGCAGGUGGGUCUAGCUCUGGACCGUGGAGAGGCUGUUCUUUAUGGAAUGAGGCUGCAACAGGGUGGUGUGCUACGGCAUGUUAACCAUCUGCAUUGUUUCCAGGACAGUCCUCUGUAUUAUCGUUUCACAGAAUGAAGUAGAAUAUUAAAAAAAUUAAAUGUCCAGUUCAUGAUCAAAUAAUGCAGUUUCAAUGCAAAGUUUGCCUCUUAUUUACAUUAAGGGAAAUUUUCUUCUACUGUCUAUAUGAAAAACUAAUUUCUUAAUAACCCUCUUUAACAACUUCAAUUAAAUGUAUGACUAAAGCACAUGAGACAUUUCAUAUUUUCUAAGGACAAACAAAUUUUAUACCAUGCUACAAAAUCACCCAUGUCAUUUCAAAGCUUUCUUUUAAUGUAGUAGUUGCUGUUUUUUCAUUAUUAGUUAUGGCCUCAAAUAGUGUCACACUGUAGAAAUUCUUUGCUUAAAUACCUCAAUAUUUGUCAAAACCGGAGAAGGGAUGAUGUCAUUUGUACUGUCAGUCUUAAAAGUGUUCAUCAGUACUUCAUCAUGUGAAUGAAUUGUGAUUUUAUUGCUUGGCUGCUUGUAAAUGUACACAGGAUGAGGGAUUGUCAUUUUUUUCUAGUUUAUUGCAGUAUUAUGUACAAAAUAUUUAAUUAAUAUAUUUUAUUGAUUUAAUAAAUAUUGCAAUGCACUUAA